GCUACUGUAUGCAUUUCUAAACUAGGUAACUGCAGUUGGCAGUUGGCAGUGUGUUUGGAAAUGCAUCUUCAGUCCACUUGGUCCUGUGUUUUGUUAUUAUUUCUGUCUGGUAAAGGCUCGCCAGCGCCUACAUUUAUUCCCGAGGGAGAGAGAGUUCCUGCACUACAACCCCAGAAUGACCUGAAACAUGCCACAGAGUACCUCAGACAAUAUUACAACCUCAAGAAAGAGCCUUUUGGUCGAGGGAAGAGGAGCUGGCCCUCGUUCACCUCCAAGGUGAAGGACAUGCAAAGUUUCUUCAGCCUCAACACCACAGGUGUUUUGGACCCUGAGACUGUGGAGGUUAUGAAGACCCCUCGUUGUGGAGUCCCUGAUGUGGAUGAUUACACCCACAACCAUGGAAACCGGUGGAACAAGAACGUUAUUACGUACAAUAUUGGCAGGUACACCAGUGAUCUGCCCCACAGCACGGUGGAUUCUCUGAUUGAGUCAGCACUCAGUGUCUGGAGCAGAGCCAGCACUCUAACCUUUGUAAGAUCACCAACCCGGGUUGCUGAUAUCAUGGUGGAGUUUGCCACUUACGAGCAUGGUGACCUGUAUCCUUUUGAUGGACCAAAGGGUACUUUGGCACAUGCAUAUGGUCCUGGAGACGGCACUGGAGGGGACACCCACUUUGAUGAUGAUGAAACCUGGACAGCUGGACCAAAUGGAUUUAACCUUUAUCUGGUGGCAGCACAUGAGUUUGGCCAUGCUUUGGGGUUAAAACAUUCAAGAAAUCCAGACUCGCUGAUGUACCCUACAUACAGACCCCGAAGUUUACAUAACCCUCUCUCCUGGGAGGACAUGACAAACAUCAACUCUCUUUACGGUAAGCAGAACCCCAUGGAACAACUGCUGUAUCGUUACCUGAGGACAGGGUGGAGUCUUCCCUCCAACCCUUGGCUUGUGGGAACCCCUUUCCCCUCCACCACGCAGAAGUGUGCCCCCAGUCUGUCCUUUGAUGCUGUUUCAACCGUGGGGGACUCCACCUUCUUUUUCAGCGACAGGUAUCUUUGGAUCAAACAUAACCAGCAAUAUGACAUCAAAGAAGGCUCUAUCAACAACUUCAUGCCAAAGAUUGAGACCAAAAUUGAUGCUGCCUUCUGGGUCCCUAGACGAUCUACUGCUUACCUGUUUCAUGAAUCCAUGUACUGGGUAGUUAAGGGGUCCCUUGUGAAAGGCAAGCCAAAACCCAUUAGUAACUUUGGGUUACCUCCAUGGGUGCAGGAGGUAGACGCAGCAGUUCACAUCGUCAAAACAGGCCGCACCUUCUUUUUCAGUCAUGACAUUUACUGGAGUUACAAUGAAAAUCGCAGGGUAAUGGAUAUUGGUUACCCACAAUACAUCAGUGAUGAUUUCCCAGGAGUUGAUGGAAAUAUAAGUGCAGCUGUCCAUAAGGAUGGUUUCAUCUUCUUUUUCAUUGGACCUCAAGUGUAUAAGUAUGAUUACACCUUGAAGGAAGUUGUUGGAAUUGAAAAAGCAAAUACCUGGCUUGGGUGCUGAUGAAUCACAGUGGAAAUGACCUGAGAGAACAUGAGACUUUGUGUGUAUUUGUA